AUGACUCCUCCAGCCGUUUCUCCAGCUCCCUCGUCGACGAUAUCUUCAGCGGCCCCCUCCAUCGCCUCGACAGAUCGCAAUGAUGCGGAUCACCCGGUAACCCGGGCUCUGGACGACAUGCGACUGCCCGCACCGUCAUCCGGUGAAGUUAUUCAAACACCCCAACAAGCCAAGUUAGCAAAACCAUCCAUGGCCCAUCGCAUAACCCGUAUGUUCAGCGACCGGAAGACGGCAAACCCAAGAUCAGAAACCGAAAGCCCCAGGGAUGCUGGAUCGGAGUCGAGUUUCGAUGGCGCAAAACCGUCUGCGAAUGGCACGCUUCGGUCGGUUCCUCAACCUCUGACUACGCAGCCGACAUCACAGAGUGAGAGGCCUGCCGAUGGUUCUGUGAAACCGAAGGGUUCGAAAGAGAAGGAUCUACCUGUCCACAAGCGUUUUGAGAUUUUGCCCGAUGGAACACAUAUACACCAUCUCAAGGGAACGAAACGACAAGAAAAGUUAAGUGGCCUCCUACGCGAUAUGUUGGGAGGCGGCAAGAAGAAAGAAGACCAUGCCGACGAUCAGCAAUUAUCAUUGGUAUCUAGCUGGAUCGACCAGUUGAAAAAUGAACGCGACAAACUUGCACAGGAUAAAAAGGGCGGGCCAAACGCGACGGCCACCUUGGUCGAUAAGUACGGAAAAUGUCAGGAGAUUGUUGGUCGGGGUGCUUUCGGUAUAGUUCGUAUCUCUCACAAGGUCGACCCCAAGGAUUCCAAAAUGGAGCAGUUGUAUGCUGUCAAAGAGUUUCGACGUCGGCCGCAGGAGACAUCCAAGAAAUACCAAAAACGACUUACAUCGGAGUUUUGCAUAUCAUCGUCCCUGCGCCAUCCAAAUGUGAUACACACCCUAGAUCUUUUACAGGAUGCGAAAGGAGACUACUGUGAAGUGAUGGAAUACUGUGCGGGCGGUGAUCUUUAUACUUUGGUCUUGGCAGCAGGAAAACUCGAGGUUACCGAAGCAGACUGUUUCUUCAAACAGUUGAUGCGUGGUGUUGAAUAUAUGCAUGAGAUGGGCGUUGCACAUCGUGACUUGAAACCCGAAAAUCUUCUCCUUACCACUCACGGAGCUUUGAAGAUUACUGACUUUGGUAAUGGUGAAUGUUUCCGCAUGGCCUGGGAGACACAGCCGCACAUGACUGCUGGUCUUUGUGGGUCUGCACCUUAUAUCGCGCCCGAAGAGUAUACAGACAAGGAGUUUGAUCCUCGGGCUGUCGAUCUCUGGGCCACCGGAGUGAUUUACAUGGCUAUGAGAACGGGUCGACAUCUAUGGCGGGUUGCGCGCAAGGAUGAGGAUGAAUUUUAUGAAAGGUACCUUGAGGGUCGUCGAGAUGAGGAUGGCUACGCGCCGAUUGAAACCUUGCACCGAGCCCGGUGUCGCAACGUCAUCUAUUCGAUACUUGAUCCCAACCCCGGCCGACGAAUAACUGCAUCGCAGGUGCUCAAGUCGGAAUGGGUUCGUGAGAUCAAGCUGUGCAAGGCGGGCGAAGAAGGCUACUGA